UGAGCUCUCUGGGUUUGCUGGUGGUGGGUGGAUGGAGCCGGGGGGAGACGACCAGCGACAAAGGGAGGGAACCGGAAUCCGAGAGGCAGUUUGCGACUUUAGAGCGUGAACGUGGAAGUUGGGGCGGAGGCGCCCCUUAGUUCAUCCUGGCAGCUUCGGGCCUCCACGCAGGCACCUGGCUCACCCGGCCGAAAGCGAAGCGAGAAGGCUGGGUGAGCUCAUGGACCUGAUACUUUUCUUCUGAGAAAUAAAUCAGCUCAAAACAUGGCAUUUGUUGCAACCCAAGGGGCCACAGUGGUUGACCAAACCACUCUUAUGAAAAAGUACCUUCAGUUUGUGGCAGCUCUCACCGAUGUCAAUACACCUGAUGAAACAAAGUUAAAAAUGAUGCAAGAAGUGAGUGAAAAUUUUGAGAAUGUAACCUCAUCGCCUCAAUAUUCUACAUUCCUGGAACAUAUCAUCCCUCGGUUUCUCACCUUUCUCCAAGAUGGAGAAGUUCAGUUCCUUCAGGAGAAGCCAGCCCAGCAAUUGCGGAAGCUAGUCCUUGAAAUAAUUCAUAGAAUACCAACCAAUGAACACCUUCGUCCUCAUACAAAAAAUGUUUUGUCUGUGAUGUUUCGCUUUUUAGAGACGGAAAAUGAAGAAAAUGUUCUUAUUUGUCUAAGAAUAAUUAUUGAGCUACACAAACAGUUCAGGCCACCAAUCACACAAGAGAUUCAUCAUUUUUUGGAUUUUGUGAAACAGAUUUACAAGGAGCUUCCAAAAGUAGUGAACCGCUACUUUGAGAACCCUCAGGUGAUCCCCGAGAACACAGUGCCCCCCCCAGAAGUGGUUGGUAUGAUCACAACAAUUGCUGUGAAAGUCAAUCCCGAGCGCGAGGACAGUGAGACUCGAACGCACUCCAUCAUUCCAAGAGGAUCACUUUCGCUCAAAGUGUUGGCAGAAUUACCCAUUAUUGUUGUAUUGAUGUACCAGUUGUACAAACUGAACAUCCACAACGUUGUUGCGGAGUUCGUGCCCUUGAUCAUGAAUACGAUUGCAAUCCAGGUAUCUGCACAAGCCAGGCAGCAUAAGCUUUACAACAAGGAGCUGUAUGCGGACUUCAUUGCUGCACAGAUUAAAACUCUGUCAUUUUUAGCCUAUAUCAUCAGAAUUUACCAGGAGCUGGUGACCAAGUACUCUCAGCAGAUGGUCAAAGGCAUGCUGCAGCUCCUUUCGAAUUGUCCAGCGGAGACCGCACACCUCAGGAAGGAGCUUCUGAUAGCUGCAAAGCACAUCCUCACCACCGAGCUGAGGAACCAGUUCAUUCCGUGCAUGGACAAGCUAUUUGAUGAGUCCAUAUUGAUUGGCUCAGGAUAUACUGCACGCGAGACUCUAAGGCCCCUCGCCUAUAGUACACUGGCUGACCUUGUGCACCACGUUCGCCAGCACCUGCCACUCAGUGACCUCUCCCUCGCUGUCCAGCUCUUUGCUAAGAACAUCGAUGAUGAGUCUCUGCCUAGCAGCAUCCAAACCAUGUCCUGCAAGCUCCUGCUGAACCUUGUGGACUGCAUCCGCUCCAAGAGCGAGCAGGAGAGCGGCAAUGGGAGAGACGUGUUGAUGCGGAUGCUGGAGGUUUUUGUUCUCAAGUUCCACACCAUUGCCCGGUACCAGCUUUCAGCCAUUUUUAAGAAGUGCAAGCCUCAGUCUGAACUAGGAGCUGUGGAAGCAGCUCUGCCUGGGGUGCCCACUGCCCCUGCUGCCCCUGGCCCAGCACCCUCCCCAGCCCCUGUGCCCACCCCUGCCCCUCCUCCCCCGCCGCCCCCAGCCCCGACCACUCCGGUGACCCCAGCCCCCGUGCCUCCAUUUGAGAAGCAAGGGGAGAAGGACAAGGAAGACAAGCAGACAUUCCAGGUCACAGACUGCCGAAGUCUGGUGAAGACCUUGGUCUGUGGCGUGAAGACGAUCACGUGGGGCAUCACAUCGUGUAAAGCGCCGGGUGAAGCUCAGUUCAUUCCCAACAAGCAGCUACAACCCAAAGAGACUCAGAUCUACAUAAAGCUUGUGAAGUAUGCAAUGCAGGCCUUGGAUAUUUAUCAGGUACAGAUAGCAGGAAACGGACAGACGUACAUUCGAGUAGCCAACUGCCAGACCGUCAGAAUGAAGGAGGAGAAAGAGGUGUUAGAACACUUUGCUGGUGUCUUCACCAUGAUGAACGCGUUAACAUUUAAGGAAAUCUUUCAAACCACAGUUCCUUAUAUGGUAGAAAGAAUCUCAAAAAACUAUGCUCUUCAGAUUGUUGCCAACUCUUUCUUGGCAAAUCCUACUACCUCUGCUCUGUUUGCCACGAUCCUAGUGGAAUAUCUUCUGGAUCGUCUGCCAGAGAUGGGCUCCAACGUGGAGCUCUCCAACUUGUACCUCAAGCUGUUUAAGUUGGUCUUUGGCUCAGUCUCCCUGUUUGCAGCUGAAAAUGAGCAAAUGCUGAAGCCUCACCUGCACAAGAUAGUGAACAGCUCCAUGGAGCUCGCCCAGACUGCCAAGGAGCCCUACAACUACUUCCUGCUGCUGCGCGCACUCUUCCGCUCUAUUGGCGGAGGGAGCCACGAUCUCCUGUAUCAGGAAUUUUUGCCUCUCCUCCCAAACCUCCUCCAAGGACUGAACAUGUUGCAGAGUGGCCUGCACAAGCAGCACAUGAAGGACCUCUUCGUGGAGCUGUGUCUUACGGUGCCUGUGCGGCUCAGCUCUCUGCUGCCCUACCUGCCCAUGCUGAUGGAUCCCUUGGUGUCUGCACUUAAUGGCUCUCAGACAUUGGUCAGCCAAGGACUGAGAACUCUGGAGUUGUGUGUGGACAAUCUGCAGCCCGAUUUCCUCUAUGACCACAUUCAGCCAGUGCGCGCAGAGCUCAUGCAGGCCUUGUGGCGCACGCUACGCAAUCCUGCUGACAGCAUCUCCCAUGUUGCCUACCGUGUGCUUGGGAAAUUUGGGGGCAGUAACAGGAAGAUGUUAAAGGAAUCCCAGAAGCUGCACUACGUUGUGACUGAAGUUCAAGGUCCCAGCAUUACUGUGGAGUUUUCCGAUUGCAAAGCCUCUCUUCAGCUCCCAAUGGAGAAGGCCAUCGAAACUGCCUUAGACUGCCUGAAGAGUGCCAACACGGAGCCUUACUACCGGCGUCAGGCGUGGGAGGUGAUCAGGUGCUUUCUGGUGGCCAUGACGAGCCUGGAGGACAACAAGCAUGCGCUCUACCAGCUGCUCGCACACCCCAACUUCACAGAAAAGACCAUACCCAGUGUCAUCAUAUCACAUCGCUACAAAGCUCAAGACACCCCAGCCCGAAAGACGUUUGAGCAGGCUCUGACUGGAGCAUUCAUGUCUGCGGUUAUCAAAGACCUGCGGCCCAGCGCCCUGCCCUUUGUGGCCAGCUUGAUCCGCCACUACACCAUGGUGGCAGUGGCCCAACAGUGUGGUCCUUUCUUGUUGCCUUGCUAUCAGGUGGGCAGCCAGCCCAGCACAGCCAUGUUCCACAGUGAAGAGAAUGGGUCGAAAGGAAUGGACCCAUUGGUUCUUAUUGACGCGAUAGCUAUCUGUAUGGCCUAUGAAGAAAAGGAACUUUGCAAAAUUGGAGAGGUGGCCUUAGCUGUGAUAUUUGACGUCGCAAGUAUCAUCCUGGGUUCAAAGGAGAGGGCCUGCCAGCUGCCCCUCUUUUCCUAUAUCGUGGAGCGGCUGUGUGCGUGCUGCUAUGAGCAGGCCUGGUACGCAAAGCUGGGGGGCGUGGUGUCCAUUAAGUUUCUCAUGGAGCGGCUGCCUCUCACGUGGGUUCUGCAGAACCAGCAGACCUUUCUCAAAGCACUGCUUUUUGUCAUGAUGGACCUCACUGGAGAGGUUUCCAAUGGGGCAGUUGCCAUGGCAAAGACCACCCUGGAGCAGCUCCUGAUGAGGUGUGCAACACCUCUGAAAGAUGAGGAGAGGGCUGAAGAGAUUGUGGCAGCUCAGGAGAAAUCUUUUCAUCAUGUGACUCAUGAUUUGGUUCGAGAAGUCACCUCUCCAAACUCAACUGUGAGAAAGCAGGCUAUGCAUUCACUGCAGGUACUGGCCCAAGUCACUGGAAAAAGUGUGACCGUGAUAAUGGAGCCCCACAAAGAGGUCCUCCAGGACAUGGUCCCCCCUAAGAAGCACUUGCUCCGACACCAGCCUGCCAACGCACAGAUUGGCCUGAUGGAAGGCAACACGUUCUGUACCACACUGCAGCCCCGGCUCUUCACGAUGGAUCUCAACGUGGUGGAGCACAAAGUGUUUUACACAGAGCUGCUGAAUUUGUGUGAGGCUGAGGACUCUGCUUUGACCAAGCUGCCCUGUUACAAAAGCCUUCCUUCACUUGUCCCUUUACGGAUUGCAGCCUUAAACGCCCUUGCUGCUUGCAACUACCUUCCUCAGUCCAGGGAGAAGAUCAUCGCGGCACUUUUCAAAGCCCUCAACUCCACCAACAGCGAACUGCAGGAGGCUGGAGAGGCCUGCAUGAGGAAGUUUUUAGAAGGUGCCACCAUAGAAGUGGAUCAAAUCCAUACACACAUGCGGCCACUGCUCAUGAUGCUGGGAGAUUAUCGGAGCUUGACGCUGAACGUUGUGAAUCGGCUGACUUCAGUGACGCGGCUCUUCCCUAAUUCCUUCAAUGAUAAGUUUUGUGAUCAGAUGAUGCAACAUCUGCGCAAGUGGAUGGAAGUGGUGGUCAUCACCCACAAAGGGGGCCAGCGGAGCGACGGAAAUGAAAGCAUUUCAGAGUGCGGGAGAUGUUCCUUGUCUCCAUUCUGUCAGUUUGAGCCUGCCAUGGAAGGGGUAGAGGAAAUGAAGAUUUGUUCAGCAAUUAUAAAUCUUUUUCAUCUGAUCCCAGCUGCACCUCAAACUCUGGUCAAACCUUUGUUAGAGGUUGUAAUGAAAACAGAGCGGGCCAUGCUGAUUGAGGCAGGCAGCCCGUUCAGAGAACCUCUCAUCAAGUUCCUGACUCGGCACCCCUCCCAGACGGUGGAGCUGUUCAUGAUGGAAGCAACGCUGAAUGACCCCCAGUGGAGCCGCAUGUUCAUGAGUUUUUUAAAGCACAAAGAUGCCAGGCCCCUGCGGGAUGUGUUGGCAGCUAACCCCAACAGGUUCAUCACGCUGUUGCUGCCAGGAGGGGCACAGACGGCCGUGCGCCCCGGCUCACCCAGCACCAGCACCAUGCGCCUGGACCUCCAGUUCCAGGCCAUCAAGAUCAUAAGCAUCAUAGUGAAAAACGAUGACUCCUGGCUGGCCAGUCAGCACUCUCUGGUGAGCCAGCUGAGGCGCGUGUGGGUGAGUGAGACCUUUCAAGAAAGACACCGCAAGGAGAACAUGGCUGCCACCAACUGGAAGGAGCCCAAGCUGCUGGCCUUCUGCCUGCUGAACUACUGCAAAAGGAAUUAUGGAGAUAUAGAAUUGCUGUUCCAGCUGCUCCGUGCCUUCACCGGCCGCUUCCUCUGCAACAUGACCUUCUUGAAAGAGUACAUGGAGGAAGAAAUCCCCAGAAACUAUAGCAUCGCUCAAAAGCGUGCCCUGUUUUUUCGCUUUGUGGAGUUCAAUGACCCCAACUUUGGGGAUGAGCUGAAAGCGAAGGUUCUGCAGCAUAUCUUGAAUCCUGCUUUCCUGCAUAGUUUUGAGAAGGGGGAAGGGGAACAGCUCCUGGGACCUCCCAAUCCAGAAGGAGACAACCCUGACAGCAUCACCAGCGUGUUCAUCACCAAGGUCCUGGACCCUGAGAAGCAAGCGGACAUGCUGGACUCCCUGCGGAUCUGCCUGCUGCAGUGCGCCACGCUGCUGGUGGAGCACGCCCCGCACCACAUCCAUGACAACAACAAGAGCCGCAACAGCAAGCUGCGGCGCCUCAUGACCUUCGCGUGGCCCUGCCUGCUCUCAAAGGCCUGUGUGGACCCUGCCUGCAAGUACAGCGGGCACUUGCUUCUGGCUCACAUCAUCGCCAAGUUUGCGAUUCACAAGAAGAUCGUCCUGCAGGUUUUCCACAGUCUUCUCAAGGCUCAUGCAAUGGAAGCCCGGGCAAUUGUCAGACAAGCAAUGGCUAUCUUGACGCCUGCGGUGCCAGCCCGCAUGGAGGAUGGGCACCAGAUGCUGACACACUGGACCAGGAAGAUCAUUGUGGAAGAGGGGCACACGGUCCCACAGCUUGUACACAUCUUGCACCUCAUAGUGCAGCACUUUAAGGUGGGGGGAGUGCCUAUGCCAGGCUGGUGUGAGUGCCUGCCAGCAUUUGCUUUGAACCCUUGCCUCUUUCUACAGCAGGUGUACUACCCAGUGCGCCACCACCUAGUGCAGCACAUGGUCAGUGCCAUGCAGAGACUGGGCUUUACACCCAGCGUCACCAUUGAGCAGAGGAGGCUGGCCGUGGACCUGUCUGAGGUUGUCAUUAAGUGGGAACUGCAGAGGAUCAAAGACCAGCAGCCGGAUUCAGAUAUGGAUCCGAAUUCCAGUGGAGAAGGUGUCACCUCUAUUUCAUCUUCUAUUAAAAGAGGCCUUUCCGUGGACUCUGCUCAGGAGGUGAAACGCUUCAGGACGGCCACCGGAGCCAUCAGUGCAGUGUUCGGGAGGAGCCAGUCGCUGCCAGGAGCUGACUCUCUUCUUGCCAAGCCCAUUGAUAAGCAGCACACCGACACUGUGGUGAACUUUCUCAUUCGAGUGGCUUGUCAGGUCAAUGACAACACCAACACUGCUGGCUCUCCUGGGGAGGUGCUCUCUCGCCGCUGCGUGAAUCUUCUGAAGACCGCCUUGCGGCCAGAUAUGUGGUCCAAGUCUGAGCUCAAGCUGCAGUGGUUUGACAAGCUGCUGAUGACUGUGGAGCAGCCAAAUCAAGUGAACUACGGGAAUAUUUGCACAGGAUUGGAAGUGCUGAACUUCUUGCUAACUGUGCUCCAGUCCCCGGCCAUCCUCAGUAGCUUCAAGCCCCUGCAGCGUGGCAUCUCGGCCUGCAUGACGUGCGGGAACACCAAGGUGCUGCGAGCUGUGCACAGCCUCCUCUCACGCCUCAUGAGCCUCUUCCCCACCGAGCCAAGUACUUCAAGUGUGGCGUCAAAGUACGAAGAGCUGGAGUGUCUCUAUGCGGCCGUGGGCAAGGUCAUCUACGAAGGUCUCACAAACUAUGAGAAAGCCACCAACGCAAACCCCUCCCAGCUCUUCGGCACCCUCAUGAUCCUGAAGUCGGCCUGCUGCAACAACCCGAGCUACAUUGACAGGCUCAUCUCUGUCUUCAUGCGCUCCCUGCAGAAGAUGGUGCGAGAGCAUUUGAACCCACAGGCAGCGUCAGGGAGUGCAGAAGCAACUGCAGGCACGAGUGAGCUGGUGAUGCUGAGUCUGGAGCUGGUGAAGACCCGGCUGGCUGUGAUGAGCAUGGAGAUGCGCAAGAACUUCAUCCAGGCCGUCCUCACCUCCCUCAUCGAGAAGUCCCCCGAUGCCAAGAUCCUCCGCGCCGUGGUCAGAAUCGUGGAGGAAUGGGUGAAGAAUAACACUCCAAUGGCAGCCAAUCAGACGCCUACCCUUCGAGAGAAGUCUAUCUUGCUUGUGAAGAUGAUGACCUACAUAGAAAAACGCUUCCCAGAGGACCUUGAGUUAAAUGCCCAGUUCUUAGACCUGGUUAACUACGUCUACAGGGACGAAGCCCUUUCUGGCAGUGAGCUGACUGCGAAGCUUGAACCUGCCUUUCUCUCAGGGUUGCGUUGUGCCCAGCCACUCAUCAGGGCAAAAUUUUUUGAGGUUUUUGACAACUCUAUGAAACGCCGCGUCUAUGAGCGCCUACUGUACGUCACCUGUUCCCAGAAUUGGGAGGCCAUGGGGAACCAUUUCUGGAUCAAGCAGUGCAUUGAGCUCCUCCUGGCUGUGUGUGAGAAGAGCACGGCCAUUGGUACCAGCUGCCAGGGUGCAAUGCUUCCAUCCAUCACCAAUGUCAUCAACCUGGCCGACAGCCAUGACCGAGCCGCCUUUGCUAUGGUCACACACGUCAAGCAGGAGCCUCGGGAGCGAGAGAACAGUGAGUCCAAAGAGGAGGAUGUAGAGAUCGAUAUUGAACUAGCUCCCGGGGAUCAGACCAGCACACCCAAAACCAAAGAGCUCUCUGAGAAGGACAUCGGGAACCAGCUGCACAUGCUCACCAACAGACAUGACAAGUUCCUCGACACCCUCCGGGAAGUGAAGACUGGAGCAUUGCUCAGUGCCUUUGUUCAGCUGUGCCACAUUUCCACAACCCUGGCAGAGAAGACCUGGGUCCAGCUUUUCCCGAGACUGUGGAAAAUCCUCUCUGACAGGCAGCAGCAUGCUCUGGCAGGUGAGAUCAGUCCAUUCCUAUGCAGCGGCAGUCACCAGGUGCAACGUGACUGUCAGCCGAGCGCAUUGAACUGCUUUGUGGAAGCCAUGUCCCAGUGUGUCCCUCCGAUCCCCAUCAGACCGUGUGUCCUGAAGUACCUGGGGAAAACGCACAACCUCUGGUUCCGCUCUACGCUGAUGCUGGAGCACCAGGCCUUUGAGAAGGGUCUGAGCCUGCAGAUCAAGCCCAAGCAGACGACUGAGUUUUAUGAGCAGGAGAGCAUAACGCCACCACAGCAGGAGAUCCUGGAUUCCUUGGCUGAGCUGUAUUCCCUGUUACAAGAGGAGGAUAUGUGGGCCGGCUUAUGGCAGAAGCGCUGCAAAUAUGCAGAGACGGCGACGGCAAUUGCCUAUGAGCAGCAUGGCUUCUUUGAGCAGGCCCAGGAAUCCUAUGAGAAGGCAAUGGAUAAAGCCAAGAAGGAGCACGAGCGGAGCAACGCUUCCCCUGCUGUCUUCCCCGAGUACCAGCUCUGGGAGGACCACUGGAUCAGGUGCUCCAAGGAGCUGAAUCAGUGGGAGGCCUUGACUGAGUUCGGCCAGUCCAAAGGCCAUAUAAACCCCUACCUUGUUCUGGAGUGUGCAUGGCGGGUUUCCAACUGGACCGCCAUGAAGGAGGCACUAGUGCAGGUGGAAGUGAGCUGUCCGAAGGAGAUGGCCUGGAAGGUGAACAUGUACCGUGGCUACCUGGCCAUCUGCCACCCCGAGGAGCAGCAGCUCAGCUUCAUCGAGCGCCUGGUGGAGAUGGCCAGCAGUCUGGCCAUCCGCGAGUGGCGGCGGCUGCCCCACGUGGUGUCACAUGUGCACACACCCCUCCUGCAGGCUGCCCAGCAGAUCAUUGAGCUUCAGGAAGCUGCGCAGAUAAAUGCAGGGUUACAGCCGACCAACCUGGGCAGGAACAACAGCCUGCAUGACAUGAAGACUGUGGUGAAGACCUGGAGGAACAGGCUGCCCAUCGUGUCGGAUGACCUGUCGCACUGGAGCAGCGUCUUCAUGUGGAGGCAGCACCAUUACCAGGGUAAACCGACCUGGUCCGGCAUGCAUUCAUCAUCUAUUGUGACUGCAUACGAAAAUAGCUCUCAGCAUGAUCCAAGUUCAAAUAACGCUAUGCUUGGGGUUCAUGCAUCAGCCUCUGCAAUCAUCCAGUAUGGAAAAAUUGCCCGGAAACAGGGACUAGUCAACGUGGCACUGGAUAUACUAAGUCGGAUUCAUACUAUCCCCACUGUUCCUAUUGUGGAUUGCUUCCAGAAGAUUCGUCAGCAAGUGAAAUGCUAUCUCCAGCUGGCAGGAGUGAUGGGCAAAAACGAGUGCAUGCAGGGCCUCGAAGUAAUUGAGUCUACAAACUUAAAAUACUUCACAAAAGAAAUGACAGCUGAGUUUUAUGCACUGAAGGGAAUGUUCUUGGCUCAGAUCAACAAAUCCGAGGAAGCCAACAAAGCGUUCUCCGCGGCUGUGCAGAUGCAUGACGUGCUGGUGAAGGCCUGGGCCAUGUGGGGCGACUACCUGGAGAACAUCUUUGUGAAGGAGCGGCAGCUGCAUCUGGGGGUGUCUGCCAUUACCUGCUACCUGCACGCAUGCCGGCAUCAGAAUGAGAGCAAAUCAAGGAAGUACUUGGCCAAGGUGCUGUGGCUUUUGAGUUUUGAUGAUGACAAAAACACACUGGCCGACGCUGUGGACAAGUACUGCAUUGGCGUACCACCCAUCCAGUGGCUGGCCUGGAUCCCUCAGUUACUCACCUGCCUCGUGGGCUCUGAGGGCAAGCUGCUUCUGAACCUCAUCAGCCAGGUUGGACGAGUGUAUCCCCAAGCAGUCUACUUUCCCAUCCGGACUCUGUACCUGACCUUGAAAAUAGAACAGCGGGAGCGCUAUAAGAGCGAUUCUGGACAGCAGCAGCCAAGUUCAGUGGGUAACCAGUCCCAUUCUGCAUCAGAUCCAGGGCCCAUACGAGCCACAGCACCCAUGUGGCGCUGCAGCCGAAUCAUGCACAUGCAGCGGGAGCUCCACCCCACCCUGCUGUCUUCCCUGGAAGGCAUCGUCGACCAGAUGGUCUGGUUCAGAGAGAACUGGCACGAAGAGGUACUCAGGCAACUGCAGCAGGGCCUGGCCAAAUGUUACUCUGUCGCCUUUGAGAAAAGCGGAGCCGUAUCUGAUGCCAAAAUCACGCCCCACACACUCAACUUCGUGAAGAAGCUGGUGAGCACGUUUGGGGUGGGCCUGGAGAAUGUGUCCAACGUGUCCACCAUGUUCUCCAGCGCAGCCUCUGAGUCUCUUGCCCGCCGGGCACAGGCCACAGCUCAGGACCCCGUCUUCCAGAAGCUGAAGGGCCAGUUCACCACGGAUUUUGAUUUCAGCGUUCCAGGAUCCAUGAAACUUCAUAAUCUCAUUUCUAAAUUGAAAAAGUGGAUCAAAAUCCUUGAGGCCAAAACCAAGCAGCUUCCAAAAUUCUUUCUCAUUGAAGAAAAGUGUCGGUUUUUGAGCAAUUUCUCAGCACAAACAGCUGAGGUAGAAAUUCCUGGAGAAUUCUUGAUGCCGAAGCCAACACAUUACUACAUCAAGAUUGCUCGGUUCAUGCCCAGGGUGGAGAUCGUGCAGAAGCAUAACACGGCGGCCCGCAGGCUGCACAUCCGCGGCCACAACGGCAAGAUCUACCCCUACCUGGUCAUGAACGACGCCUGCCUCACCGAGUCCCGGCGGGAGGAGCGUGUGCUGCAGCUGCUCCGCCUGCUGAACCCCUGCCUGGAGAAGAGGAAGGAGACCACCAAGAGACACUUGUUUUUCACAGUUCCCCGGGUUGUGGCGGUGUCUCCACAGAUGCGCCUCGUGGAAGACAACCCCUCCUCACUUUCCCUUGUGGAGAUCUACAAGCAGCGCUGUGCCAAGAAGGGCAUCGAGCAUGACAACCCCAUUUCCCGCUACUAUGACAGGCUGGCCACAGUGCAGGCGCGGGGGACCCAGGCCAGCCACCAGGUUCUCCGAGACAUCCUGAAGGAGGUGCAGGGCAACAUGGUGCCUCGCAGCAUGCUGAGAGAGUGGGCCCUGCACACAUUCCCCAACGCCACAGACUACUGGACCUUCCGGAAGAUGUUCACCAUCCAGCUGGCGCUCAUUGGCUUUGCAGAGUUCGUCUUGCAUUUAAAUAGGCUCAACCCAGAGAUGUUGCAGAUCGCUCAGGACACCGGCAAGCUGAAUGUUGCUUACUUUCGCUUCGAUAUAAAUGAUGCAACUGGGGACUUGGACGCCAACCGCCCAGUCCCCUUUCGCCUCACUCCCAACAUUUCAGAGUUUCUGACCACCAUCGGCGUCUCGGGCCCGCUGACUGCCUCCAUGAUCGCCGUGGCUCGGUGCUUUGCCCAGCCCAACUUCAAGGUGGAUGGCAUUCUGAAAACUGUGCUCCGGGAUGAGAUCAUUGCUUGGCACAAGAAGACGCAGGAGGACACAUCGUCUCCGCUGUCAGCUGCAGGGCAGCCCGAGAACAUGGACAGCCAGCAAUUGGUGUCCCUGGUUCAGAAGGCGGUGACGGCCAUCAUGACACGCCUGCACAAUCUGGCCCAGUUUGAUGGCGGGGAGAGCAAAGUGAACACCUUGGUUGCCGCUGCCAACAGUCUGGACAACCUGUGCCGCAUGGACCCAGCCUGGCACCCAUGGCUGUGACCGCAGCUGCCGUCCCCUGUACUGUGAAGGGCUGUGAGCUGCUGGCUGCCACCUCUCUUGGCCUUGUUCACUUUAGUUCCUUUCCCCAUAGGCGGUGUGUGGACGAGCGUGAAUUAGUCUCAGAGGGAGCCACGCACGUUGUUGGCCAGAGCCAAACCUACUCCCAGCUUUUAAAAAAUGCUUUUUUAAGGAACCAGGAGUCCCCAGCCUGGAAUUUUUGUGGAUUCUUUUUUAUGGUACUCCUUAGUUUGUGUGAAUGGGACACCAUAGGAAACAGUUCCUUAAGGCCCCUUUUAACUUCCAGAAACACCUCAGCUCCAUGCUUUUGUACAGACCUUUAACCAGUGUUGGGAAAGCUCAGUGUUAGAGAAAGAAAAUCAAGAUGGAUGGGCAGUCUUUCUCUGGCGCGUUUUCAGGCCGUGCGCCCUGCGUCCUGGGUGUCCUGCCCCAAGGCGCAGUGGGGCCUCAGCCCGGGACCUGGACUCCGCUGUGAAGUCAGCAGCAGACUUGGCACUGCUGCUGCUGGCUCUUUAGAUUCUUCUAGACACUAUCAUUGUACUGAGAAAAGAAAAAUCACUUUUCCUUCCUAAUUUAAAAAGAAAGCAGUGGAAGUUUAUCCCUGACAUGUUCACAUUUUUAUAAAUCUGAGCAUUGAGAAUGUUCUAAAUUUGUACAGUGUGAUUUUUUUUUUUUAGAAUAAAUAUUUUAUAAAA